UUCCACGAAAGUUCUACUUCCGGUUUAUCACUCCACGCAAAAUAAAAACAAAGCUUUUUCAUUAUGAUUUUAUGUAACAAGUAAUAUAGUUGACUGAAGGUGUGGAUUUACAACAAUAAAGUUAUAAAUGAGUGUUUUGACUACCAGAUUGGCUGUUCGCUUUAACUGUUUCACUAUCUUCAAUUUGUCGACAGGCUCAGUAAGACCAUUACUUACCAAUAAAAUGGCUGAUAUGACAGCAAAAUCUACUCGGCCCAGUUCCGACAUGACUGCUUUCAGGAAAGAAUUUGCUAAAGCUAAAAAUAUAGUCAUACUAACGGGAGCUGGGGUUAGUGCUGAAAGUGGGGUUCCUACAUUUAGAGGUGCUGGCGGAUAUUGGAGAAAAUGGCAAGCACAGACGUUAGCAACACCAGAAGCAUUUGCAGAAAAUCCAUCAUUAGUAUGGGAAUUUUACCAUUAUAGAAGAGAAGUAAUGGCUUCAAAAUACCCAAAUAAGGCUCAUGAAGCAAUUGCUGAAUGUGAGAAAAGACUCAAACCACAAAAUCGUAAUGUGACAGUAAUAACACAGAAUAUAGAUGGUCUACAUAAAAGAGCUGGUUCAGAUUCUAUUAUUGAACUUCAUGGUAAUUUGUUUAAAACAAGAUGUGAGAAAUGUAAAGAUGUCGCCGUGAAUAAUGAUAGUCCGAUAUGUGAAGCUCUUCGUGAUAAAGGGGAACCAGAUCCUUCUGCUGUCGAUGCUAAGAUACCGGUAGAAAAAUUACCCAGAUGUAAGACAGCUGGUUGUGGUGGAUUAUUACGACCACAUGUUGUUUGGUUCGGAGAAGCUUUAGAUAGACAGGUUUUAGAGAGGGCAGGUGAAGAACUUGACAAAUGUGAUCUGUGUUUAGUGGUUGGAACAUCAUCAGUGGUUUAUCCUGCCUGUAUGUUUGCACCUAAUGUAGCGAGUAGAGGAGUAACAGUGGCCGAGUUUAAUAUGGAAGAUACACUCGUUACUAACGAGUUUAUGUAUCAUUUUAAGGGUCCUGCCGGAGAACAUCUACCUGCUGCUUUGGCCAAAUGUGAUACAGAGAAGUAAAAUCUAUGCCUCUGCUAUAGUUACAAGAAUAACUGUGUAAUUUUUAACAUUUUGUAUUGUCAUAAUCCAUAGAAUAUAGUUCCCAGCUUCACCAAUAUUAUAAUAAAUAUUAAUAAGUAUAUUUUUAUUCUAUGGGAUAUAAUUCAUAGCUUCAAUAAUAUUAUACACAGAGAGAGAGAGAAAUGGGGUUUAACGUCCACUCGACAUAAACCAGGUCAUUUUGGAACUAACAUAUUGUUUAAUUUUAUUUCAAUAAUUCGCUUGCACGUAGGGGGUCUUUAGCAGUAGGAGGAAACCGGAGGACCUAAAGAAAAUCCACGAGGUUGGACAGGCGACCCUACUCCUUGUCACAUACAACCCGGGAAUUGAAACCACGCCAGUUGACUCAACGACAGACCUUAUGAUACAACUUGUUCACGCUAACCAUUCGGGCCUUCAACUCCCCCUAACAAUAUGAAAAUAAACAGUAGUUGAUCUAGAAGCUGUAAAUAGUGGAGGGCGGUUCAAAUCUAGGGUGCCAUCAACAGUGAAUGUCAACAAAAUACGUAAUAAAAUGCAUGAAAUAACACUGAACUCCCCAAUAGAACAUAAAUCAUAUUGCCAGUAUAGUUGUUCACUGACCAUUAACUAGCCGGAAAGCAGUUUUAUUAAAGUUGAUGUCACAUUAUGAUUGUUAUCGGGUUUUUUUGUUAACCUUAGGGGCGCUUAUUCUUGCCAGAAACUUUUAUGAGGGUUGCACAUUUGAUAAUUGAGCUUUUGGUAGGCCUGGUUUCAUUCAAAUUGUUUUAUAGAGUUAUUUCUCAUAACCUCUGCAAAAUAUUUACAUUAUGUAUGUUUUUAUUUUUAAAAUAAAAACAGGUUAUGCGGCCCUUUUUAAGUGAUGCGAAAUUAUCUGUCAACCAGAAUUUUUUUUUUGUAUGGCUUUGUAUUUAUACUUUAUUUUAUACAGAUUACUUGUAUUGUUAUUUAAAGAAAAUAUUUCAUAGAUCUUGCUAUAAGAAAAUAUUUCAUAGAUCUUGCUAUAAGAAAAUAUUUCAUGGAUCUUGCUAUAAGAAAAUAUUUGAUGUGUAUAUUGGCAUAUUGCUAUAAGAAAAAAAAUAAAAUCUGAUUUGAAAUAUU